AUGGUGUAUGGUGAGGGCGAGGUGCAAGCAACAGAGGUUUGGCUGUCGGUGCAGGAGGCGACGAGGGUUCUUGAGCGCUUCAAGGCCAUGCCACAGCUAGACAGAUACAAGAAGACGAUGGAUCUGGAUGGCUUCAUCAAGGAGCGCACCGACAAGCUCCAAGAAAAGUUGCACAAGGUAAGACGUGAUGCCGAUGAAAGCGAGACCAAGAUACUCAUCGUUGAAGCCUUCUAUAGCCGCUGCGCAGGCCUCGAGGAUCUUACCAUUGAGCAGCUUACCAGCCUUGGCUGGAUGGCAGAUGCACAACUCAAGAUCGUCAACAACUCACACGGUGUCCACACGGCUUCCCGCGUCAGUGCAGCCAGCGUCGGCCGUAGCGACAUCACUAUUCCCGCCAUCGUGGCGGUGGCGUGCCCGCCCGCGCAGAGCCCCAUCUUCGGGGCCGAGAGCCCCAUCUCGUGGCAUCUUUCCCUUCUCUCUCUCUUCCCCGUCGCAUGGUUAGCGGGAGGCGCGGCGAAGCGCGUGGUGCCGGUGUCCAAGUGA